UUUUCAAUAAAAUGAGUUAGAAAAAUAAAAAAAUCUCCGUCGGCUUCUUCAGCCUCCAUCUUCUUCACACUGGAAACAACCUCAACUUUCCCCCAAAUUACAAAACUAACCUCGGCAUCCCAUCUUCAAAGUCGCCCUCCUCUCUCUCCCCCGACUCUCGUGCGAACUCUUAAAAUCUAGGGUUUCGUUUCUCGAUGCGUCCCCGAUUCGAAUUCCCUCAUCAAAAGCCUCUUUUCUACCCUCGUCCUGUUCGAUAUUAGGGUUAGGGUUUUGGCGGGAUGGAGAUGGAGAGCUCUCGUAGAUCUUCGAUCGACAGAUCUCGAGAAUUGCCCGGUCUCAAGAAACCUAGGCUCGCUGACGGCGUCGCUUCUAGGGUUUCGAGCUCGAUCCAGCCGACGAAUCCGAGAAUUAGGGCAAACGAGAGGGAGAGAGAGGAGAGAGAUGAUUCAGUUAGGGUUUCUUCUUCUUCUUCUUCAUUGUCUUCUUCUUAUCAGCAGCAACAGGAGUUAGUUGCUCAAUAUAAGACGGCGCUUUCUGAAUUGACCAUCAAUUCGAAGCCUAUUAUUACUAAUCUAACAAUAAUAGCUGGAGAGAAUCUCCACGCUGCAAAGGGGAUCGCGGCCACAAUCUGCAAUAAUGUGCUUGAGGUUCCCAGUGACCAAAAGCUGCCAUCUCUUUAUCUUCUUGACAGUAUUUAUAUUAAGUACUUUGCUGCAAGGUUGCCUGAGGUAUUCUGCAAGGCGUACAAACAAGUUGAUUCUUCAAUACAUCCUGGAAUGAGACAUCUUUUUGGUACAUGGAGAGGAGUUUUUCCUCCUGCUCCCCUUCAGACAAUUGAGAAAGAACUUGGCUUCCCACCUGCCGUCAAUGGCUCAUCUGGAACCACUGCGUCAAAGUCAGAAUCUCAAACUCAACGUCCAGGGCACAGCAUUCAUGUGAAUCCUAAAUAUUUAGAGGCAAGGCAGCGCCUUCAGCAAACAAGAUCUAAAGAAAUAAACAGUGAUGAGGUUGACGUGGUUGCCGCUGUUGAAGAUGCAGAGAGAUCAGAUAAAGCAGCUACAACUGCAAACAUAAGACAAUGGAGGGAUCUGCCUACCAAGAUGCCUAAUAUUCAACGGACUCAAAGGGAACUGACAAAUGAUCCCAUCUAUGAGAAGAAAGGACUGAGGGACGUCAAAGACCGACCAUUUUCUUCUGUACUUCCACGACAACCAGCUACGGAAGUUGGAAGAAUCAGUGAGAAGAACAAAGAGCAAGAUGAGCUUGACAAAUCAUAUAAUACUUCUGAGACUGUAAUCAGCAGAAGGAACGGUUUUGAUGUUAAUAAUUAUCGAGGAUCUACAUUUGCUCAAGCUGAACGUCAGCUACCUUCUGUACACCUUAAUAAUACGAAUAAAAGCAUUCAAGCAGUAUCUAAAAACUGGAAGAAUUCUGAGGAGGAAGAGUACAUGUGGGAUGAUAUGGAUCCCAAAUUGACAGAUCAUGGAGGAAAUAGCAGGUCAAUAAAAGGUGGUUUGGAUAUCGGUAAGGCAGAUACACGUGCUAGCCUGCAAAGGCACCAGUGGGCUCAACUCAAGAAUGAGCAGCCAGAUUACCAUCGGGACAAACUUGACGUUUUUCCAGGAAUAAAGCGCUGCGGAGUAGAAGAAAGAGUUCCUUCAUUUAGAAAUAUUGAUGAUAACCAUCUGCAACCUCACAGUCAAUUGUAUGCUGACUCAAGAAGACAUUUGGAGACCUCUGCAGAUAUGCUAUCUGUACCACGAGCUACAUCAGGGCAUCAUUCAACGUCAGUUUGGCCCCCGCCCGACCCUUUUUCUGGUGGCCUAAAUCAGCUGAGUUCAAGAAUUUCAAGUCAAGAAGAGGGUGGUUCCAUAUCUCUUAGCUCUGGUACAUCUCCCAAUUUAAUUUCACCUUUACCUAGGUCUGGACUUCUAUCCCAUUCUCACCCUUCAAGCCUAGGCCCUUCUCCAAAUUUGACAAGUGGAAUAGUUGGCCAUCAACCUUUGAAGCCUCCAUCACCUUCUGCUCAUCCACCUCCACCUUUUCAGCCCCUACAGCAUCAGAAAUUACACAAUGCAAUUGACCAUGAACAUCCUCGGCCUCCAUUUCCCCAAAUGAGUCAGAAACCUAUGCAGCUUCCAGUAAAUCUUAAUAGAGCUCCACAUGUACCGAUCACCCAAGAUUUUUCUCCUAGUUUACAGCGACAUCAAUCACAAUCCCCUCAACUUUCAUCAACCCCAUUUACACAGUCUAGGUACCAUCCUCCCCUUAUGCACCAAUCACAACCCGAGUUCUCACAACAACAGGCCCAAACACACUCUCAGCCAUCAAUUCGUUCCGAGAAAUCCACAACAUUAUCCAAUUUAGCUGAUGGCUCAGGGCAAUCAAGCACUAGUAGUUUACUGGCUGCUAUCAUGAAGACUGGACUCCUUUCAAACAGUUCUCCCACUGGAUUGCAAAACUUCAAUAUACAGCCUCCUCUACCAAGCGGGCCCCCACCUAUUCAAGCUUUGACACCAUCUGGUCCGUUGGUUACUUCUUCAUCGUUGUCACUUCAAUCUUCCCAAGCUAAUACUCCAUCUCUUACAGCAUCACUUCCAGGUGUUGUGUUGCCUCCGCUGCCACCAGGCCCUCCACCUUCUUCUUCUGUUGUACCCCAAAAAUCCAGCACUGUUAGUGCUGUUUCAAAUCCACUUUCAAGCCUUCUUAGCUCAUUAGUCGAGAAGGGUUUAAUAUCUUCUCCAGCAACGGAAAUGCCUACUGUAUCUUCGUCUCAAUUAUCAAAUAAAGUUCAAGAUCAGAGAAUUGAGUUUUCUAGUAGUACCUCCAUGCAAGUUCCAUCAACUUCAGCAAAAGAGGCUUCUGUAGUGGAGUUAUCUGCUCCUACUGGCGUUGCCCCAUUAGCAAUUUAUGAUACAGAAAUUGAAGAACUUGUAGGCAUUGACUUCAAGCCAGAAAUAAUUCGUGAACUCCAUCCCCAGGUAAUUAAUAGUCUGUUUGAUGAGUUAAAGCAUCAGUGUGAUACGUGUGGCCUAAGAUUCAAGCUUCAAGAACAGCUUCACACUCAUUCAGAUUUACAUUCCUCAGAAAAGUCUGAACCGAGCAGUUCUGGUGAAUUAUCUCGGAAAUGGUAUUUAGAUACAAGUAAUUGGGUUACUGGAAAAAUUGAAUUGCCACAGAUACCAGUGCCCAGUACUUCUUUGGUAGAUGAAAGAUGUGAACCAAUGGUGCCUGCAGAUGAAAGUCAGUACAUAUGUGCACUGUGUGGAGAACCAUUUGAAGACUUCUAUUCCCAUGAGAGAGAUGAGUGGAUGUACAAAGGAACAGUGUAUUUGAAUUCCUCAGAAAGAGAAGAUGAAAUAAGAAAAGAUGAUGGGAUCAAAGAUCAUGCUCCUAUUGUGCAUGCCAAGUGUCUAUUGAGUGCAGCAGAUGUGGCUGCUGAUGCCACAAUGGAUUGGGCAGAUGGCUAAUAAUGGAAUUGAAAGGAAAAUACUUCACUUUUUGCCGUGAAAGUGUAGGCAAUAGAAGAGAUGCCUUGGUUUUAGGUUUGCUCCCAACAUAUUUAUGACAAUGUGCAUGCAACUGGGGUUACUUUUCUGGUGUGUGAAAACCAGAGUUUUUUUUUAUCCAUCCAAUGUGCUCUCAUCCCCAUUCUUUUGGGGAAAGAAAUACAUAUGAAAAUAGAUUUCCUUUUUUCAAUUAUGUAUGAUGUUUGCAUGUUUCUAAUCCUUGCUUUUCAUUCCUAAGAGAAUGUGCACUGUGAUUCUUUAACUUCAGCAUCAGGAAUGAACAGGAACUGUGAUGUGCGACUUCUAUGUUAGCUUUUGAUGCUAAACACUGGGCUUGCCAAAAAUUCUGGCUGCUUUCAUGUUGUUACUCUCUAGUAAGAAGAUUGUACUAGAUCACUAACAAGAGAUUUGAAUUUUUUCUUGCUAUGAGAUUAUUGUUAUUAUAUUUUGUUGGAUAGACAGAAAGAGAUUAUGGUCUUUGUGGAUACUGUUGGAGCAAAAUUUCUUGUUGAA